GUUGUCCUAUGUAGUGAUAACACAAAGAGGACAAACGUAGAACCAAAGAAGGAAAAACCAUAGAAGAAUAAGAAAUUGUCGCUAAAAGUGAGUGACAUACAUAUAUAUACACAAAAAUAUAUCAUUAGAGAAAUGAUCAUGAAGGAUUCUAUGGAAGAAGGUUCAAAUAAUAUGUGGGAAUGGAGAAAAACAAGAACAACAUUAAUGGCGGAGCUGAAGAAGAUGAGCAGUAUAGCAGGACCAAUGGUGGCCACAACUGUGCUGCAAUAUCUUCUGCAAGUAGUAUCAGUGAUGAUGGUUGGACAUCUUGAUCAGCUUUCUCUUUCAAGUGUUGCCAUUGCUACAUCCCUCACCAAUGUUUCUGGUUUUAGUAUUCUUUCAGGGAUGGCAGGUGGAUUAGAAACUUUAUGUGGACAAGCUUAUGGAGCAGAACAAUUUGAAAAGUUCGGGAUAUACACACACACCGCAAUAAUAUCCCUUACUAUGGUUUGUGCACCAAUAACUAUUAUAUGGAUUUUCAUGGACAAAGUACUAAUUCUCAUAGGUCAAGACAUCACUAUCUCUCAUGAAGCUCGAACAUAUGCACUUUGGUUAAUACCUGCCUUAUUUGCCUCUGCAAUUCUCAAACCUCUAACACGUUUUUUCCAAACACAAAGUCUAAUUUUCCCAAUGAUCAUUAGCUCCUUUCUAGUUUUAUGUUUCCAUGUAGUUACUUGUUGGACAUUAGUAUUUAAAUUGGGAUUAGGACAUAUUGGAACUGCAAUUUCCGUUAGCUUAGGAACUUGGUUGAACGUGCUGAUACUUUUGUCUUUUGCAAAAUAUUCACAUGCUUGUGAGAAAACACGUGUGUCGUUUUCUACAAAGGCUUUCCUUGGUAUUAGAGAGUUUUUUGGUCUCGCUGUUCCAUCUGCAGCUAUGGUCUGUCUCAAAUGGUGGGCAUGUGAGUUGCUUGUUUUGCUAGCUGGACUUUUUCAAGAUCCAAAGUUGGAGACAUCGGUUCUUUCAAUAUGCUUGACAAUAUCUACAUUGCAUUUCACCAUAUCCUAUGGGCUUGGGGCUGCUACUAGCACAAGAGUUUCAAAUGAACUAGGAGCUGGAAAUCCAAAAGCAGUUCGUUUUUCGGUUUGUACAGCAAUGGUCCUUGCAAUUACAGAGGCGCUUAUUAUAACUGCAAUCCUAUUAGGUUGCAAACAUAUCUUAGGUUAUGCUUACACCAAUGAUAGUAUGGUUGUUCAUUAUGUGGCUGCUAUGACUCCUUUGUUAUGUGCAUCAAUCUUUACGGAUAGCUUGCAAGCAGUUCUUUCAGGGGUUGCUAGAGGAAGUGGGUGGCAACAUGUUGGAGCCUAUGUGAAUCUUGGAGCGUUUUAUCUAGUAGGAAUUCCUGUUGGUGUAGUGUUAGGGUUUGUUGUGCAUUUCAGAGCAAAAGGCCUUUGGAUUGGAAUAGUUGCUGGCUCAAUUGUGCAAACAGUUUUCCUUUUCAUUAUUACUGCUCUUACAAAUUGGAAAAAACAGGCAAUAAUGGCUAGAGAGAGAAUAUUUGAUGACACUUCAUCUGAUGAAAGUAUAACAGAUAACAAAACCAGUGUAUAAAGCUAAUUAUUGGUUGUAUUGUUUCUCUAUUAAGAAAACAUCCUUUGAAAUAUUAUGUAUUGAUCAUGUGUAUAUCAUUCAAUGAAUUCAUAGCUCUUGGAUCAGCACCCUAGCAAGGUUACUUUUCUUGGUGACAUCGCAUGGGCUCUAUUAUCACUGACCUUCUCAAGGACUAACUUCCUCUUUGCUAGUGGUAAUAGAGACAUUCUUUCUGCAUGAUCAAAAUUAAACAGUUAAUCCGAAAUGAUAAUAAACAGAAGUUGAGAAUGAAAUGGUGAAAAAAAUUACAAAUGAAAUCAUCAAGGCCCAUAUCAUCGCCCUCCACUUCCAUUUAAUCCCAAACAUUUAAAAAGGAAACCAGUAAUUGACAUCGGGUCACACGUCCAAUAAAAAGGAAACCUAUGACCUCCCGCAUUGUCAAGAGUGACCUUUGAGCACUUGUCAUCGUCACGUACUCGGAAGAACUGCUUCUUUUAAUUUUUGUAGUUUGAGAAAUACAAGGAGAAUAGUCCCCUGUUCAGGAAGACGUUUAUAAAUAUCUUGUUCCCCUUGUUAACCCUUUCCAUACCAUAGAAAGAGAAGAAGAUGUUUUUGGUAUGCGUGAUCCCCAAACCUCCACAUAAGAUUUUGAACAACUUCACAAAGGCCAAACUAUUAGGGUGAAAUUAGGAGAAAACAAUGUUGAUCAUCUUUAAAACCUCUAACUCAAAAAUGGUGAAGGAGGUUUUUACCUUGGACCUUCAUGUUUUUGUUCAACCACUUUGUCCUUACAAGCCUCGUGCUUGGGGCUAUAAAAUGUCGCGGAUAUUAUAGUCUGAGCCUACAUAGUAUCAUUGAUUUCAGCCUACUCGCCUACGGUCAUGUCAUAUGCAUGAAAGACCUUAAAAAAAGCCAAGCGGGUUAGAUCACUUGCUCGACACAUGGGCAACGUCGUCACAUCCUGAGAUUGUUGGUGUUGGUUAAAA